AUGAUAUGCAAAGGUUUUCGAACCACUGCGACAUACGCAGCACUAACACUAUCCGGCAUUCCUCCCCUUUAUCACAGAGCCACGCAGGAAGCAGCGACCACCAGGAUACUACAACUCAGACAAGAUGCCACCUUUAAUGGACACACCUUCAGCCCCACCUCCUACGAACACCUAAGGCAUCACAGCAGACAACAUCCAGGUGACAAAGGAAAAGGAGUCAUCAUCAGCAUCCCAAAAGCUCCCUCUUCAAAUAUCACAAGCGCUCAUCCUGUCUACUAUACGGACGGCUAUAAGCAGGACGCAGGAGUCGGCAGCGCCUUCCUUCUUACCCACCAUAAUGAAGUCAUCACAAGCUGGAAGGGCCAUCUCCAACCACAUAACAGUAUCUUCCAAGCUGAGGCACUCGCCAUCCUGAAGGCCAUAGCACAAGCUGCACGCUUCAACUACCGCUCACCCAUAAUUUGCACUGACAGCCAGUCAACACUACAUGCCAUAAAAAAAUCACAGACAUACAUCACCAAUCAUCAAAGACAUUCAAAGUCUACUGCAGCAGCAUCGCUCCAACCCAGCAAGACUCAUAUGGGUGGCAAUGAAGCCAACGAGGCAGCCACCAAGCAUGAGGCCAUAGAAGUGAACCUACCAGCUCCAUCCUCCUACCUCAAGUCACAGCUCACACGAGCAACCAUUACAGCCUGGCAACGCGACUGGGACAGCUGCGACACGGGGCGUCGCGCUCACAUUUUUCUACCAAAAGUCUCAACUAGCCGACUCUGCUCCAUACCGCCGCUUACCAGGUUUAUAACAGGGCAUGGGCCCUUUCCCACGUACUACCACAGACAUCUGCAUAUGCGGACAAGAAGGCAACCCUAA